AUGGCACAAACCAGUGAAACGCUCGAGAGCUUGCUCGCCGCCAUUGUAGAGCUCACCACAACGCUCACGGCCACUCUUCGGGCAAAGAACCUGCCUGAGCCAUCAUUCAACGAAGAUGCACCAGGAUCCCUACCACCUGAUCAAGAUAUCCAAGGCCCCCGUACCAAACUUGUCGGAGCUCUGAUGGAUAUGCUGCAUCUAGCAAUGGGGCCUAACGAGUAUUUUAUCACACAAAACAUGUGGCUGGGUAAUGAGGCCAUGGCACUGGACGUCCUCAACCGCUUCAACUUCUGGGGCGCGGUUCCGCUUGGGGGCUCUGCCAGCUACGCCGAGAUUGCAGCCGCUACGAAAUUACCUGAACAAAUGGCUCGCCGAUUCCUCCGCUUCGGCAUGAGCAUGUACCUGUUUCGAGAAGAGUCUCCUGAGUCCAAUCGGAUUGUUCACACCGCUGCCUCUGCAUACAUGGCUCGUAACCACCAUAUGCAGUCCUUUACAAGCCAUCUCCUCGAAGACGUCCGACCCGCUACUAUAGUAAUGGCGGAUGCAUUGCAAAAGUGGUCUGCUGGGCACCCGACACCGAGCGAAGAGGUGGAACAUGCUGCCUUCUAUCUAGCGAGUUUUGACGGCAAGGUGGUGUCUCGUCCAAUAUUCGCUGAAGGACUGCAAGCUCUCGGUGGCAUGAUUAAUACCGAAACUUAUGUGGAAACUUUUGACUGGGAGAGCCUUGGCGAGGCUAUCGUUGUUGAUGUUGGUGGUUCAAGCGGCCAUAUCAGCGCAAUGGUCGCAAAAUCCCAUCCACAACUCCAUUUCGUAGUCCAGGACCUCCCGGAGCUACAGCCAGCCUUUGACGAAGCCAUGGCAUCGGCCCCCAAGCUUGCCGACCGCAUAUCAUUCCAAGUUCACGACUUCUUUACGCCACAGCCUGUUUCCGCAAGCGCAUACAUCUUUCGCAACAUCUUCCACGAUUGGCCAGACAAGUACGUUGUGAAGAUUCUUCAGCAACUAGUCCCAGCUUUGACUCCUGGGGCUCGCAUCGCGCUAUUCGACAUCAUUAUGCUUCCAGACUAUGAUGAAAAGCGACAGCGGCCGCCUCUGCCGGUGAGGAAGAUGCAGGGUGCAUUUGACAUGCAGAUGUUGGUACUGUUCAAUGCCAAGGAACGUACAGCUGAGGAUUGGACUACUGUAUUCAAGCUGGCAGAUGAUCGGUUCCGGGUCAAUGCUAUAAAGAUGAUCCCAGGUGCUAGUGUAGGGCUUAUUGACGUUGUAUUCGAUGGAUAG